CGUGCGCAGCGGUCUGGGCUAGGGGCCCCUCCCUGGGCGGGGGCGCGCGGCGUGGAGGACCGCACGGAAAGGGGGAAGUCAGGUGGCCGCCGCCGCCGCCGCCGCCGCUGCCGCGGUUUGUCGCCAGAAGGAAAAUGGCGGAUCUGGAGGAGCAGUUGUCUGAUGAGGAGAAGGUGCGUAUAGCAGCCAAGUUCAUCAUUCAUGCCCCUCCUGGAGAAUUUAAUGAGGUAUUUAAUGAUGUUCGGUUACUGCUUAAUAACGAUAAUCUUCUCAGGGAAGGAGCAGCCCAUGCAUUUGCACAGUAUAACUUGGACCAGUUUACCCCAGUAAAAAUUGAAGGUUAUGAAGAUCAGGUAUUGAUCACAGAACAUGGUGACUUGGGAAAUGGAAAAUUUUUGGAUCCAAAAAACAGAAUCUGUUUCAAAUUUGAUCACUUAAGAAAGGAAGCAACUGAUCCAAGACCAUAUGAAGCAGAAAAUGCAGUUGAAUCAUGGAGAACUUCAGUAGAAACUGCUCUGCGAGCUUACGUAAAAGAACAUUAUCCAAAUGGGGUCUGCACUGUAUAUGGUAAAAAAAUAGAUGGACAGCAAACCAUUAUUGCAUGCAUAGAAAGCCAUCAGUUCCAAGCAAAAAAUUUCUGGAAUGGUCGUUGGAGGUCAGAGUGGAAGUUUACAAUCACUCCUUCGACCACUCAAGUGGUUGGCAUCUUGAAAAUUCAGGUUCAUUAUUAUGAAGAUGGUAAUGUUCAGCUAGUGAGUCAUAAAGAUAUACAAGAUUCUCUAACAGUAUCUAAUGAGGUGCAAACAGCAAAAGAAUUUAUAAAGAUUGUAGAAGCUGCAGAAAAUGAAUACCAGACUGCCAUCAGUGAGAAUUAUCAGACAAUGUCGGACACUACUUUCAAAGCCUUACGUCGACAGUUGCCAGUUACACGCACUAAGAUUGAUUGGAACAAGAUCCUUAGCUACAAGAUUGGCAAAGAGAUGCAGAACGCAUAAGAUGAACAUUGCAUGAUCGGAUCAUUUUAGUGUCUUUGCGUUUUAAAAAAAUCAUUGCAGACGUAUUCAGAACUGUCAAGCUGCCCAGUCCAGUGGGCUAUUGCCAUUUAAAAUCACUGUAAUUAAUUAGUUUGGUUAGAGCACAAAGCUUAGCUAAUCAACCAUUAUUUUUCAUUUCUUUUGUUCAAAGAGGAUUGAAAAUCAGUUUAGUUUAAAUGUCUUCACUUUCUGUUAUGCCUUUCUUACGAUGAAGAGAUGAUUUCUCUAGUUUAAUGUUGUUUUUGAAGUGUUUCAAAAAUAUUUUACCGUAACCCUAAAAUUGUCUUUUGGUUUAUGAAAUGGGUAACUUUUGAUAUUCGCUCAGUUCUUUUAAUGAGGUCAGUAACACACAUUCUAGUGUAAGGUGGUUGAUGGAUUUAGCCAUGUAUGCUGCUAAAGAAAUUGUCUACCUUUUCCCCUCACCUCUUCCAUUUAUGUAAGAUUGAGAUUAGAGGAAAAGCAUUUUCUAUAUUGAUUGUGUUUAAACCUUUCAAGAAGAUUAUUUAGCUAGCUUAGUGUUUAACUAAACUUUUUUUAAACAAGGCCAACGUCUAAUGCUGUUUUGAGAUUCUGGAAUUAAAUGAGAAUACUUAUUUCAGAAAUGCAUUUAAUGCUUUUUUCUUGUGACAGUUAACGCAAAUUAGCUUGAAUUCCAUAUGUUCCUGAGUUAUUUUUAUCAUAAAGCCACAAAUGUAUUAUAACAAGGCAAAUUGUAAUAUAUAUAAUCCUGAACUCAUGACCGUGUCUCAGUUUAUUUUUUUUUCUUGGAUUGAAAAGUACUGAAAUUCAAUGUAACAUUAAAAUGAAAAUUUUUCUAUUUAUUUGAGUAGAAAAUCACUUACCAAUGGGUCAUAUACUAUUUUAAAAUACUUUUCUUUGGAUAUUGUGAUUCUUAACUGGUUGUAAAUUAGAAAAGCUGGGAAUACAUAUGGUAUGCAAUUACAGUCUAAAUUUUUCCAUCUUCCUAUGCAUCAUACGCAUGUUUGUAAUAUUUUAAAAAAAAAUACAUUUACUGAUGCUACAGGUAUUUCAAGCCUGUGGUGAAUGUUAGUAUUAAUAGGGAGUGGGGUGGAUUAUGGUUUCAUUCAAUCGAGUAUCGCUUAUACUCCAAUGGAAUCCUUUCCUCACAUACUCCUGCAGAUGUCUGGGCCUGGAAAUGUUUUUUAAAAAACACCACUUUUAUGUACAAUAAAAUAUUUCAUUAGCUUGAA